CGGUCACUGUCCCCACAACCAUCUUCUUCAUCCCAUCCCCAUCGAUUCCGUUCCGUUUGGGCGCUCCCGUUUGUCCCCGCAUCCAUCCAUCCAUCCACCCAAACCCUCGACGCGGAGGGAGCGGAGGCGACGGAUGCGGGUGGAUUCCAAGGUCGUUCCGCCGCCGCCGCAGCCAGCCCCAGAUCUCACCAAACGGAAUGGCGAUGCGGGGCGUCGAUUUCAAGUGGUACGACGGCUUCUUCCUCUCCAUGCUCGCCACCAGCGUAAUCAUCGUGUCCAUCAACUGGAGGAGGUACCGCCUCUGCGCCCACCCGCUCCACAUAUGGAUCGUCGUCGACUACACCACCGUCUUCGUCUUCCGCCUCCUCAUGUUCCUCGACAACGGACUCGCAGCAGGGAUGGGGCUGGAUCUUGGAUGGCAACAGAGAUAUACUCGUUUCUGUGGGAGGAUAGUUGUUCUGUCAGUCCUUGUUCUUCUUCUGUACCCCUUCCUGUGGGUUUGGACUGUGAUAGGAACAUUGUGGUUUAACAGUGCAAGGAGCUGCCUGCCAGAGGAAGGACAAAAAUGGGGCUUCCUGAUAUGGCUGCUUUUCAGUUACUGUGGCCUUGCCUGUAUUGCAUGCGUGGCUGUUGGAAAGUGGCUAAACCGAAGGCACGCACUCCGCCUGAGGGCACAGCAGGGGAUUCCGGUCUCUGAAUACGGGGUUUUGGUUGACAUGAUUCGUGUGCCUGACUGGGCAUUUGAGGCGGUCGGCUUGGAACUGAGAGGAAUGGGCCAGGACACUGCAUACCAUCCUGGUCUUUAUCUGACAGCAGCCCAGAGAGAAGCUGUGGAGGCUCUUAUCCAGGAGCUCCCCAAGUUCAUGCUGAAAGCCGUCCCAACAGACUGCAGCGAGUGCCCGAUCUGCCUGGAGGAGUUCAAGGUGGGCAACGAGGUGCGGGGGCUCCCCUGCGCGCACAACUUCCACGUGGAGUGCAUCGACCAGUGGCUGCGGCUGAACGUCAAGUGCCCGCGCUGCCGCUGCUCCGUGUUCCCCAACCUGGACCUGAGCGCGCUCAACGGCAUCCGCUCCAGCAGCGAGAUGCUGCAGCAGGACCGCCCCUCAGGGAGCAGCGGUGGAGAGGCGGUGGUGAGCCGGUACGUGGGGCCACAGCCGGGGCCGGGGCAGAGCUACCUGGUGCGGCUGCAGGGCCUGCUGCUCCGGCCCGUGGUGGGGCAUCACGACGGCGGUGAUGACGCUGAGGGCGGGCGAGCGGUGGUCGUUGAUGGGGCUGAGGUGGCGGGCGGCGUGGUGGUGGUGGUUGAAGAUGGGCAUGAGCUGCGGGAUCGCUGAGAGGGAGAUUGAGGGGGUGGAAAACAUGUUUGGCGUGUAGAUUACACAUGUAUGUAUGUAUGGUUGUUACAAAGAGAGACUCGUUGAAAGAUUUGUUGCUAUAGUGAAUGGAGAGGUUAUAUGUAUGGUAUGUGUAGGCUCCUGCUUUCUCUUUUUAGCAGUACUCCAUCCGUUCCUAAAUAUAAGUCUUUCUAGAUAUUUUCAAUAUAGACUAUAUAGGGAUGUAUAUAGACACAGUUUAAAGUGUAGAUUCACAUUUUGUUUUGCACGUAGUCCA